AUGUUUACUUGGAAGGAAGUUUCAAAACGUAAAGUUUCAUAUUUGAUUGGAACUGCGAGUUGUUUUGUUGUAGUUUGGAUGAUUAUGGUUUCAGUUUCUGCACUUUCACAAGUUCCUUUGGUGUUUAUUCGUUUGGCAGAGUUACAAGUUGGUGAAUUUGAUUUUAAAUUGAAAACUGGCAUUAAUAUGGCAGGUAUUUCACUAAAUUAUACAAGAAUUAAUUUACAAAUUCAAAAUGCUACAAGAGGUAAUCCUGAAAUGACUCAACAAUUUUCAUAUCAUUCACCUAGAUUUACAUUUAGUACAAGGGCAUUUACAAAUUGUGAAAAAAAUCAAAAAUCCAUUCAAUCAUCCGAUUAUAAUAAUGGACAAUAUUGUGUUCCAAUUGAUUGUAAAAAAGUUGCUGAAAGAUUAUCACUUUAUUUAAUUGAUACUGAUAAAGAACGUAGAAUGCAAUUCGGAAGAACUUAUCCAUAUUCAAAAUUGGAAAAGGGGAAGGCAAUUAUUGGUUCUGGUCUUGCUGAAACAUUAUCUGUUAAAAAAGGUGAUACUAUUCUAUUGAAUAUUCAAACAAUGAAUAGCUUUACUGGACCAUAUCGUGAUUCUCACAUGAUUGCAUUGAAAAAUAGAAGACUUACAUUCAAUGGUGGUGCCACUUACAUUCCAGUAAUUGUUGAAGAUGUUGCCAAUAAUGCAUAUGGAAAAUAUCAAUCAACGAAUUUGGAAAAUGCAAUUAUUAUGGAAUAUGAUUCAUUACUUGCUCAUGUUGCAGAGUUUUUGAAUGAAGAUCUCUUUUCCAAAUCAGAAAAGUCAACUCUUUCACAAUUAGAUUUGUAUGAUUAUGCCAGUGAAGUUUAUGUUAAUUAUCCACCAAAUAGAUUAACUGCCUAUAAUGAAAAUGAUUACAAAGUGAUUAGAGAAAAGAUUACAAAAUUUGCUUCCACUUCAAUGUAUUUAAUGGGUUUUAAUCAACUUUCAUCAAGUUUCCCAAUAUUGGAAAUGAUGGAAGUUACACAAUUUUUUGCCCUCUUUGUUGGUUUAAUUAUUUCAAUCAUUUUAAUUGUUUUGUGUUUACUUUCUGUUGUAUUAAUUUACAGUUUGUUAAUGAUUAAUGUUGAAAAUAGAAGAUAUGAAAUGGGUUUAUUGAGAAUGAUUGGUUUAAAGAGAAGAAAUCUUGUUGAACUCAUUCUAGUUCAAGCCAUGUGGUAUGGUAUUCCAGCUUGGAUUUUAGGGUUAAUCAUUGGUCAAUUAUCUUAUUCUGUAGUUGCAAUUUUGCUUAGUACUCAAUUGGAAGCAAACGUUUCAUAUAUUGUCUCUGGUGAAGCUUUUGCAUUGGCAACAUUCCUUGGCUUGACUGUUCCUGUUUUAUCUGCCAUUUUACCAAUCAAGACAGCCCUCGGUCAAAAUUUACACGAUUCACUCGAUACUCAAAGAUCAGGAACAGCAGCUGUUAAAUAUUCAAUUGAAAGAGCUGAGGGAGAAUCCAUCUCAUGGACAUCUAUUGUUAUGGGUGUUGUUGGUAUAAUUUUUGGUUUUUCAGUUUAUUAUGUCAUGCCACUCAGUAUGCUUACAUUUAAUAUUACAAUUAUGAUGUACAUGUUUAUGGCUGUUAUUUUGGCCAUGUUAUUGGGUUUAGUUUUAUUGAGUUUGAAUUUUGAAAAUAUUAUUGAAUUUAUUGUAGUUUUAUUUACCAUUAGAAUAUUUGAAAAAGUAUCAGUUAUUGAUCUAGUUGAAAAGAAUCUAAUUGCUCAUCGUGAGAGAAAUAGAAAGACAACUCUAAUGUUUUCAUUGAGUUUGGGUUUUAUUAUAUUUUCAUCUGUUUUAUUCAAUACACAAAUUACAGCAUUCAAAUAUAAUGUAAUGAGAGGUGCAGGAACAGAACUCAUUGUUGGUACCAGUAGAUUGAAUGCAUUUGCUCAGAAUCCAAAUAUCAUUGGAACUAUACAGGAAUUUGCUGAUAAUAAUCCUAAUUGGUUUGUUGGAUCCACUUAUUGGACAUUUGAUUUAACAAGAGUUACAUCACCAAUUGAUAAUACUAAAAUAAGAACUGAUGGUGGUCUUGUUAAUAAUGAUAUUUAUAUUCGUGCCAUUGCUCCAAACUUUUUUAAUAUUACAAAUUCAAAGUUUUUAAGAAUUGAUGAAAGAAUUCAACCUGAAAAUAAGACAGUAUUUACAAAAUAUAAGAGUAAUUUAGAUGAAUAUUUAUAUACUGUUGAAGGAAGUAGUCAAUUAAUAUUAGGAACUUAUUUUAAAUCAAAUUUAGGAGUUAAUAUCAAAGAUACAGCUGUUCUUCAAAUUACUGAAUCAACUUCAAGAAUGCCAAAUUAUAGAUAUGAAUUAUUCCAAGUUGGUGCUUUUUUGAGUGCAUGUCCAGUAGCUCUCUAUUCUGAAUUUCCAAGAUUUGGAACACAAAAUUUACUUGUCAGUGUUCCAACCUAUUUACGUCUCCUUGGAAAGAAUUCAAAUUAUACAGCAACAAGUCUUCCAAUUGAUGCUGUCUUUUUAAAAUUAACUGAAAAUGCAAAGAAUAAUAAGGCUGAAUUUAGAAAGUUGAGAUCUACUCUCCAACGUGUCAUUAGUCCAUUCCCAGGACUAUUCAUUAGAGAUAUUAGUCAAGAAUUAGAUCCAGUUGAAAUUGCAGUUUCAGUCAUGAACUUUUUCUUCCUCUUCACAGCAGCAGUUGCCCUCGUCAUUUGUUUCUUUAGUUUAAUUUCUAGCAUGUAUAGUAAUAUUAAUUCACAAGCAAAGGAAAUUGGAAUUUUAAGAGCUAUUGGAAUGAAGAAAUUUGCAAUUAUUAGAGUUUACAUUUAUGAGGCAUUUGUUUUGAUAUCAGCUGCUGCAGUUUCUGGUGUGGCCAUUGGUUUGGCUAUUGGACAAACUAUGGCUAUGCAAAAUACCUUAAUUACAGAAUUACCAAUUGAUUUUGUAUUUCCUUAUCAAAUUGUUGCACUUGUACUUGGAAGUGCAAUUAUUUUUAGUUUCUUUUCUUCCUUCUUCCCUAUUUAUUCACUUGUUAAUAUGCCAAUUGUUAGCGUUUUGAAAAAACUUAAUUAA